UGCUCGGCGCAGGCGGAGGAAGCUCAGUGUGAAGCAGAACCAACCUCUUCCAGCGCCACUUUUGCUGCCGACGUCCCCCCCCCCCUCACACACCCCGUCCCAGCGAGCGAGCAGCCUUCAACCAGGGCCCCAACCCUGUCUUGACUUUGGGCACAUCUUCUUAAUGACAUCUAGGCACGGGUAAGACAGCCAUCAUCUGGGGGGAGGGGGGUGGUGGUUAUACAUUUACAACAAAAACCAACCAACAUUGUAAGUUGGGAUAUCUGCGGGGACGCGUCGCCCUCUAGAGCAGGAUGUUAGAUCCGUCGUCCAGCGAGGAGGAAUCGGAUGGGAUAGUGGAGGAGGAAAGCAAAGAAGCGAUGGCACCGCAGGCCGGAUCCCGCAUCUCUCCGACCAGGACCAGCGAGAGCUCGGGGGGACUUGCGCCCGGCAGCGGCGGCAGCCGCGGCAGCGCCCGUCCGACCAGCCCGAGCCCGUCGGCCGCCAGCGAGGAGAAAGAGGACCUGGAGAAGAUGCACAGGGAGGAGGAAGACCGUAAGAAGAAGCUGCAGUUGUAUGUUUUUGUGAUGCGAUGCGUCGCUUACCCGUUCAACGCAAAGCAGCCCACGGAUAUGGCGAGGCGACAGCAGAAGAUUACCAAGCAGCAGCUCCAGCAGACCAAGGAUCGUUUCCAGGCCUUCCUCAAUGGAGAUACGCAGAUUGUGGCAGAUGAGGCAUUCAUCAACGCCGUGCAGAGCUUCAACGAGGUGUUCCUGAAGAGCGACCGCGUGGCUAAGAUGGUCCAGAGUGGAGGCUUCUCGGCCAACGAUUUCCGGGAAGUGUUCAAGAGGCACAUCGAGAAGCGCGUCCGCAGCCUUCCGGAGAUCGACGGCCUGAGCAAAGAGACGGUGCUCAGCUCCUGGAUGGCCAAGUUCGACACCAUCUACCGCGGCGACGAGGAUCCGCGCAAGGCACAGCAACGCAUGACGGCCAGCGCGGCCUCCGAGCUGAUCCUCAGCAAGGACCAGCUGUACGAGAUGUUCCAGAACAUUCUCGGCAUCAAAAAGUUUGAGCACCAGCUGCUUUAUCAAGCCUGUCAGUUGGACAACCUGGAUGAGCAGGCCGCGCAGAUCCGAAGGGAGCUGGAUGGCCGUCUUCAGAUGGCAGACCAGAUAGCCAGGGGUGGUAAGUUCCCCAAAUUUGUGUCUAAAGAGAUGGAGGCCAUGUUCAUCGAGGAGCUCAAGUCCUCAGUGAAUCAGCUGAUGGCCAAUCUGGAGAGCAUGCCUGUGUCCAAGGGAGGGGAGUUCAAACUCCAGAAGCUCAAACGGGGACACAAUACCUCCAUCAUCGACAUGGGUCAGGAGGAUGAGAACACGCUGUCCAAGUCUGAUGUGGUUCUAUCCUUCACUCUGGAGGUGGUGAUCAUGGAAGUGGUGGGGCUGAAGUCUCUGGCUCCCAACAGGAUUGUCUACUGCACCAUGGAGGUGGAGGGAGGGGAGAAACUCCAGACCGACCAAGCAGAAGCAUCCAAGCCAACGUGGGGCACCCAAGGGGACUUCACCACCACCCACCCUCUGCCCGGCGUCAAGGUGAAGCUGUUUACGGAGAGCACAGGGGUGCUGGCACUGGAGGACAAAGAACUGGGCAGGGUUGUCCUCCACCCAACUCCUAACAGCCCCAAGCAAUCAGAGCUGCACAAGAUGACCGUGACCAAGGCGUGCCCAGACCAAGACCUGAGGAUCAAACUGGCCAUACGCAUGGACAAACCACAGAAUAUGAAACACUGCGGGUAUCUGUGGGCUUUUGGGAAGAAUGUUUGGAAGCGCUGGAAGAAGCGUUUCUUUGUGCUUGUGCAGGUGAGUCAGUACACAUUCGCCAUGUGCAGCUACAGAGAGAAAAAGUCAGAGCCGCAAGAGCUUCUCCAGUUGGACGGCUACACCGUGGACUACAGCGACCCCCAGCCAGGCCUGGACGGUGGCCGGGCUUUCUUCAACGCCGUGAAGGAAGGAGACACUGUGAUCUUUGCCAGCGAUGACGAGCAGGACCGGAUCCUGUGGGUCCAGGCCAUGUACCGGGCCACCGGCCAGUCCCACAAACCUGUCCCGCCCACUCAGGUCCAGAAGCUCAACUCCAAAGGGGGGGCCUCGGCCCAAAUGGAUGCACCCAUUUCUCAGUUCUCUGGACUCAAGGAUGCUGACAGAGCUCAGAAACACGGCAUGGAUGAGUUUAUCUCCGCUAACCCCUGUAGCUUUGACCACGCUUCGCUUUUUGAGAUGGUGCAGCGGCUCACGUUGGACCACAGGCUCAAUGACACCUUCUGCUGCUUGGGAUGGUUUAGCCCGGGCCAGGUGUUUGUCUUGGAUGAGUACUGUGCCAGGAACGGAGUUCGAGGUUGUCACAGACAUCUGUGUUACCUGCGUGAUCUGCUGGAACGGGCGGAAAGUGGGGCUAUUAUUGACCCCACUCUUCUUCACUACAGCUUUGCUUUUUGUGCAUCCCAUGUCCACGGGAACAGGCCAGACGGGCUGAGCACAGUGAAGGUGGACGAGAAGGAGCGCUUUGAGGACAUCAAGGAGAGGUUGCGUGUGAUAUUGGAAAACCAGAUAGUAAAUUUCAGAUAUUGUUUCCCAUUUGGUCGUCCAGAGGGAGCACUGAAGGCAACUUUAUCUUUGCUGGAGAGGGUCCUGAUGAAGGACAUCGCGACCCCGGUUCCACCAGAAGAAGUUAAAGGAGUUAUCCGCAAAUGUUUGGAGCAGGCUGCUCAGCUGAACUACGAGCGGAUUAAAGAAUACGCUGCGAUUGAAGGAAAAAAGAGGGAAAUGUUUGAGCACCCUGUCUUCUGCUUGGCGUCUCAAGUGAUGGAUUUAACCAUCCAGAACGUAGGCCGCUUAGUCACGCCUGCCAAAAAGCUGGAGGAAACAAUUCGCCUGGCGGAGUUAGUCAUAGAGGUCCUCCAGCAGAACCAGGAACACCACGCGGAGGCGGCAGUCACAAGUUCUGGAGAUCAAUCGCAGGGAAAAGAGGCCUUUGCAUGGUGGACAGACCUCAUGGUGGAGCAUGCAGAGAACUUCCUGGCCCUCUACGCCGUCGACAUGGAUGCCGCCCUCGAGAUCCAGUCCCCCGAGAGCUGGGACAGCUUCCCCCUCUUCCAGCUUCUCAACGACUUCCUCCGCAACGACUAUCACCUGUGCAAUGGAAAGUUCCACAAACACCUCCAGGAUCUGUAUGCUCCUCUGGUGGUUAGAUAUGUGGAUCUGAUGGAGUCCUCCAUAGCACAGUCAAUUCACAAGGGCUUUGAGCGAGAGUCCUGGGAGCCCGUGAAGAGUUUAACAAGUAAUCUGCCCAAUGUGAAUCUACCAAAUGUCAACCUCCAAAUUCCCAAAGUACCAAAUCUGCCAGUGCCAGUAGCAGGACUAUCAGUUAACCUUCCACAAAUGCCUAGCUUUUCAACCCCGUCAUGGAUGGCCGCUAUAUAUGACUCCGAUAAUGGCUCCGGCACGUCAGAGGACCUCUUCUGGAAGCUGGAAGCCCUCCAGACGUUCAUCAGGGACCUACAUUGGCCCGAGGAGGAGUUCGCCAAACACCUCGAGAGUCGCAUCCAGCUCAUGUCCAGCAACAUGAUCGAGAACUGCGUCAAGCGCACCAGGAUAGCAUUUGAGUCCAAGCUGACAAAAAGCAGCAAGUCCACAGAUUUCCGCAUCUCUCCGACAUUGUGCACCAUGUUCAACGUGAUGGUUGACGCCAAGGACCAAUCGGCUAAAUUGUGCGCAAUGGAGAUGGGCCAAGAGAAACAGUACCACACCCAAAUAGACGAACUGAUUGAGGAAAGUGUGAAAGACAUGAUCCAGUUCCUGGUGGCAAAGUUUGUCGUCAUUCUGGAGAGCGUGUUGGCAAAGAUUUCUAGAUAUGACGAAGGAACCCUCUUCUCUUCGUUCCUUUCAUUCACGGUGAAAGCUGCUUCUAAAUAUGUGGAUGUACCUAAACCUGGGAUGGACGUGGCCGAUGGCUACGUGACCUUUGUGCGCCACUCUCAGGAUAUACUUCGUGAUAAGGUCAAUGAGGAGGUGUAUAUAGAAAGGUUAUUUGAUCAAUGGUACACCGCCACCAUGAACCUGUUGGGGACCUGGCUGACCGAGCGCAUGGAGCAGCAGCUCCACGUCUACCAGCUGAAGAUCCUCAUCAGGAUCACAAAGAAAAAGUACCGGGACUUCCGCCUGCAGGGCGUCCUGGACUCCACCCUGAACAGCAAGAUGUACGACACGGUGCGCAACAGGCUGACCAUCGAGGAGGCCACUGCUUCGGUGAGGGAAGGAGGCAUGCAGGGCAUCUCCAUGAAGGACAGCGACGAGGAGGACGAAGACGACGACUAGAGCUCGUAUACACCGACAGUCCGACUCCAACCCCUUCACCCCCACCCUCCUUUCACACUUUUGACUUUAGCCUGGUUACCGAUGCAUGUACCAACUCAGAUAGCCACUCUAGGACCUCUUUGUCAGCUCGAAAUGCCUAUCGAGGGAAUAUUAACUAAAACUAAAAUAGUACUUAUACUGAGGAAAAAUCGAAAAUAAAAAUGUUAAAAAAUAUCCACGAUUGGCGGUUUAGCUGUCAUGAUAAAGAUAGCAACUAUCUUUGAUUCAUCCAUUUCUAAAUUCAUUUCUAUGUGUUACUAAGCAAUAUGGAGAACCAUUUGUUUGACAAUGUUGAGUGAGAUUAGUAGGUGUGUCCCUGUCCAAUGCAAACCUAUAUGGCGCUUCUUUGUCGUAUUCUACAUUCAUUAAUGGUACAUUGUUGUGAUGAUGCGUGUGUGGACCCUUUUCUUUGUCUCGUCUGUUUUUAAGUGAAUGCCAACUGCUUCAAACUGAGAAAAAAAAAAACCUCUGUAUUUGUUUAGGGCUGUCACUGAUGUUGUCUUCUCACUGUUAUUAAGAUCAACAGUAAGUUCAGACGUGCAUUUUUAUCAUGUGUCAACGCUUACGUGACUUUAUCUCAAUUACUAAUUAGACACGGCUCGACAGGACUCAUGAACUUUAACGAGUUGGUAUUCCAGAGAUGCAAUAUUCUCGUUGGUCCAUUUUGAUAACUUGGGAUAUUCUAUUUUUUUUUUCAACAUUAAAAGGCCUUGAAACAGGUUUUAUUUUAUUUGUGUUGCACUUUUACAGAGUGAAGAGCAAAAAUAUUAUUUUUUUUAUUGAAAAAAAAAAGAAGGUUGGUCCGUCUUUGUUCUGUAACUGUGUAGAAUGAGAUGUCUGGCAUUUGUUUGGGUCUCACUGUUGUUUUGUAUAUAUUAUAUAAAUAUAUAUAUAAAUAUAAAAUGCUGUACAUUGCAUUCUGAGCCAUCGCUGCAUGCCUGUGGGUUCUCACCCUCCCUAAACGCUUCCUGUUUUCUGUGUGAAUUAGCUGGUGGAUUCAUUCUUGCUUUUGCCUUAUGAAAGCCAACAGUUGUAAUAUGCAAGAGCUGUUGCCUCUAAAUAAAAAUUACUGUACAUGUGCA